UUUCGCACUCGCGAGCCGCGAAGUUGGCCAUCGUCCGCGACGCGCACUUGUGGAUACAUACGCGGUGAUACGCGGCAAUACGCGGCAUCGAUACGCGUCGCGCGCAAACGGGACACGACGGCGAUUGAAUUAGAUCGUCGAUGAUUCAAUCGCCGGCUCGUCAUCGUUGUCGUCGCAUCGCCGGUACGCUCGGGUAACCCCAUAACCCGAGCCGGUGGUCUAGCCAUAGCCGUCCGGGUCGCCAGUCGCCGUCGUCGUCGUUGGUCGUGGACAGUCGUGGAUGAGCGGCGAGGGUGAGAGCGGUCGCCGUCGACGACGCCGUCUUGCAUACGUGGCAGAGGCCGCGCACCAAUCGGAGCCGGCGGCAGCCGAUAGGCGUGGCUUGUGGCGCCUAGUACAGCUCGCUCCACGUCCGGCCGCCAUAGUGCUUCGGGGAAUCGAGCCGCGUGCGUGCGAUUCCGGCGAUUCCUGCUCCGUCUCUCUUUCUCUCUCUCUCUCUCCCCCUCGCUCUUACUCCGGCCGUCUCGCCUACGCGACACCCAGCCGUGUACUGCGUGUACCGUCCGCGCAACGAGGAGCACGCGACGUUUCGCGACGAUCCCUGCCCGACCUUUUGCGCGUCCGUUCCGUUUUUCGCAGCACCGUGUGCGUCUUGGAAUCCACUUGGGGAUAUAAACACUCUCUCGAUAAAACAACCAAAGAUGGACUUUCAGACAGGACUUGUGUACGUCGGCAUUGUCGUUCUCUCCGCUGCAGCCAUCGCUUGCAUUUCGAUGUUUGGUAUAAAAGAGAAAUCUUACGAAGAAGCAAUCGCCGAACAGCGAAAGUUUCCUGAUGAUCUGUUGUCAAGUAAAAAGGAUAAAAAUAAAGAAAAGAAGCACAAAAAUAAAGCAGGAAAGAAGGUGAAAGAAAAGAAAGAGGAGAAAGAUGAUAAAGAAGAGAAAGAUGAAAGAUCGGAGCAUGUGCAAUUUGAAGAAACUCCUCAAAUAUUGCCCUCUGAGUCUCCAGUACAGGAGAGUAACAAAGGCAAUAAGAAGAAAGGAAAACUUGAAAAGAUAAAACCAAUCCUCGUAAAUAAAGACGAGCCAUCAGUCAUUGUGACUGAAUUAAAUCCCUCGCAACCUCCCUUGGCAGAGGCUAAUCAUUUUGACACUAUUCAUCCAAAGGAUGACCUUGAACUCGUACGGAGUCACAGUAGGGAGAAUCUUCAGCAGAUUACUCAAAUUGAGACGGUGGAGAAAGUUAACAAGUCACCAAAGGAUACUCCAACCAAAUCAAAGAAAAAUAAUAAGGAUGCUAUAAAGAAGAAAGAUGAAAAUACUAAGGAUGAGAAACAGGAUAGUAAUUCUUAUACUAAUGCAUCUUCUAAUAAAGAAAUGAUGAGGGAAAUAAAGGAGCAACAGAAAGAAACGCCAGUUAAGGAAGUGAAAGAAAUUGUUAAGGAGGUAGUCCAACAGUUACCAAACAAGGAACCUAAAAAGACGAAAAAAAAGAAUGACAUUUUAUCUCAGAUCGAUGGGGAUGCCGUUAAUGUUGAAUUAUUGAUGUUAUGUAUUCAGAAGGCUGAACUUAGUCGUUCUGAAAUACAGAUUCUCACGAAUCAACUCUUGAAUAAACAGCAGGACAAUCCGUUAGAGCAUUCCGAGUGGACGGAAGGUCGCGCCGACCCCGUUAUCAAGUUGAAAAAACAAUUGGCGGAAAAAGAGAAAGCAUUAGCCGACGAACACGAAGCGAGCGUGGCCUUCCAAAACAAAUUGAAGGAAUUGCGAGCUGAAUUUAAUACCGAGAGAUCUAGACUGUCAGCGAAUAUUAGACAAUUCGAGGAAUCGUUGAACGCCAAAAUUAUGGAGACUCAGACAUUGCAUACCCGAAUGCAGCAUAUUUUAGAAAGUCAUACGGCGGAGAAACAAGGUUUUGCUAGACAGAUUGAACAACUGCAGACCAAAGUGAAUGAGGAUGCUACUAUCAUUCACAAAUUACAAGAAGAUCAAGGACAGACUCAAGGUCACUUACAGCAAGAGUUGAUGGCGCAGCGAAAGCAAAUGGAAGUGCAAUUCGCUCAGAUGCGUGAUAAUGAGAAUGCAUUGAAAUCGCAAUUGGCCCAGAAACACGUGGAGCUGCAGGAGUUGCAAAAUGAACUGCAAGCGACUUGCGAGAGCAGCAGCGCGGAAAUAGAGAUGUUACGUCAGCAAUUAGGAAUAAUGCAGAAUCAAUUGAUGCACUCGGAAGGGCAAUUACAGCACUUCAAGGAAACGAACGAUCGACUACAAGAUGUUGCUAGGCAACUUGAGGAAUCUCAUCGUGCUCAUACCGAUUUAGAUCAUAGACUGAAAAGCGCGCAUCGACACGAACAGGAACUACAGAAGCAAGUGAACUCGCUGCAAGCUGAAUUAAAUCAUGCGAAAAAUGAAGCUAAUGAAUUGCCUACCUUAAAGGUAGAACUUAGCAAGACUCAAACGGAAUUAAUAAAAUUAAAAUCGGAGCUAUCAGUUACAUUGAAUGAAGCUAAAUCGGAAGCGUCUGAAAUUAUAGCCUUGAAAAAUGCAUUGAGUAACAAGGAGGAUGAGCUAAAGAGAUCACAGGACAAAUUUUAUGCCGUACAAAACGAUUUACAACAAUCCAAUAUGCAAGUCGCACGUAUGGAAUCCGAAUUGAAUUCUGUACAAAAGAAGUUUGAUAUGAUGAAAAUCGAUUUUGAAAGGACGGAUUAUAGUUUGAAAGAAGCGAAGAACGAUUCAAACAAGUAUCAAAAUGAAGUACAGAGACUACAGGAAAAAUUAGCAAAUUUACAAUUGGAAUUGGGUAUACAGAUUGGGGAAUCCAAUGAAAUGACAAGUGAAUUGAACGCUUUGCAAACUGAAUUAAAUAGACUACAGAGUAAUGAGAAAAAGGUGGGAGAUGAACAGUUGCGAAUUAUGAAAUUCCAAGAAGAAAAUGACAGACUGCGUAUUGAGCUUGCGAAUGCUGUAGAGAAACAAAAAGAGCUUCAACAACAACACGAGAACAAAAUCCAUACGGAUGUAGUAUUAGCGACUACUACUGAACCUCAACAUACUAAUUUAGAGGAAAAAGCUCUACUAGAAAAAUUGACUACCGAGUUGACGCACAAGGAAGAGGAGUUUAAUAAAAUAGAUGAAAAGUUACAUAUAUUACAAAAUGAUGCAGAAAAACACCAACGUUUUAUUAGGCAAUUAGAAGAAGCCUUGGAGGACCAAAAAUCUAAAAAUAAUGAUCUACGCACAAAGAAUUGGAAAGUGAUGGAGGCUCUUUCUGCUGCUGAGAUGCGUGCCAAAUCCAGUGAUGAGAGAAGUGUUAAAGAGGCAACACAAAAAAUUAAAGAAGAACAAGAAGAAUUAACUAAGACACUUCUACAGAGGAUAUUCCCAGAGAUUAAAGUGUCUGAAAAAACACACGAACAAUGGCUCAAAUCUUUUGAAGAUAAAAUAUGUGCUAUUUUAAACGAAUUAAAACAGAAAAACACAGAUCAGAUAAAUCCAGAUUUGGAGAAACAGAACAAAAAUUUGCAAAGCAUGGUUUCGCAUUACAAACAAAUUAUUUACGACACAGAAGGUAUGCUUAAUAAACUACAAAGUUAUAUAGAAUCCGAGGAAACAAGAUGGCAAUCGCAACUUCGACAAAAGGAGAACGAAGUGGCGAAUCUUAGACUAGAACUUAAUGAUAUGCAAGCCAAACUAAUCUCAAGUGAAGAGUUUAAACAGAGAUUUGAAGAAUUGGAAGAGCGUGCAGAACAAAAUCGUACUGGAAUAUUACUUAAAGCCGCGCAGAGAGUCACAUCCUGUGGAAAACUAGAUGACAACGAGCUUGUUACUUUAGAACAAUUACAAGAGGAGAAGGCGCUAUUAUCGCAGGAAUUAGAAGUAGAAUGCAAUAAGAGGGCAAUAUUGGAUACCGAAGUUACAAAAUUGCGUUCCCUUGUUGAAACUAGUGAGGCGAGUUUAGUGUAUGAGAAAAAUCUUGUCACACAACUUCAACAGGAAGUGUCCCAACUUAAGAACGAAAUUUGUGGCGGUUGUAGCAGUUCAGAGCAGUCUAUGCUAAACGGUCCACCCACAUCGGAUUCACUUCAAUCCGAGCAGUCAGAUAAUAAUAUAUCUGGAAUACAGCCUCCUCUAGCGUCUCAGGCUCUGAUAGCUGCGUUAGAAAAUACUCUCAAGAAUACAGAGUUUGCAAACUGUUCCAUUACCAAACCCGUCAAUUUGGUCAGUCAAUCUGAACAAGAAAUUGAGAACAACUCUCUCACUACAAAAUACUCCUCCAAUUCUUGUCAUAUGACAGAUCACAAUAUACAGGCUAAUUGGAACCCAGUGAUUGGCCAGCAACAUAAAAAACACAAGAAAAAGAGGAAGUCCACUAAGAAAUCCAUGGCAAAACGGCGCAGAUUCGCAGGGUGGUUCAGGAAAAAAAUAACUUCAAAAAAUAAACUACGCUAGUGCAGUACUGGUGGUUGAAAAGAUGGGAUGCGCAAAUGCAAAAAGCGAAGCAUUGCUACAUAGGUAUAAAUGGCAUACUUUGCUACUCAGAAGACUAAUAUAAAGUGAAAAUAUUACGAAUAAUGUUUAUUGUAAAAAAAUAUCAUAUUUUAUUAUGUGGAGAAAAUAUAAAUAAUUAAACUAGUAGCGAUUAAAUGGAAAAUCUUGAAAUACUUGCGUAUGUGAUGGUUAUAUAAUUUAUAAUUAUAAAUAUACAAUACGAAUGUAAAGAUUAUCAAAAUUGUGCAUUAUGGAUUACCGAUUAAUAUUGUUUAUAGAAUUUAUAAACUAUAACAAUUUAUAAAUUUUAAUUUUGUUAUGAGACGUAACACUUAAGGAAUAUGUUCUUGUAACGCAAGAAAAAAAUUGUAUAAUUAAUUAAUUAAUGGAUUCCAUGACUUCAUGAUUCAUUAUUUGUGUAUAAUGAUAUUGAUUCUGAUAUUAUUUCUGAGUCACACUGUUACUAGUGUUUAAUAUCUUUUUUUUUUCUUUUUUUAUUGUUACAUGCAUGGACCAGAAAUUAUAUAUAAAUAUACAUAUAUAUGGAUAAUAUGGAUAUAAAGUAUAUAUGGCAUUUUUUGUUAUCGAUAGCGAACACAAUACACCAAAUUUGUAAGACGCGAUCCUCAUGUUGUUCCAUUAUAUACAAGUUCAAAUUUGUUAUUUGUUUCAUGUGCAAUAAUGAAGUAAGGUGAGAGUUUGAACGAGCCAGUCUUAUAUAUAUAUAUAUAUACAAAUGUUAAUUGAAAUUAAUUGCGCCCAAUGUUUGUACUGAAAGUAAGUACUGCAUACAUGAGACGGAUUUUCAUAUAGUUCACAUAGACUUUUAUUAUCAGAUCUAAGAUUAUAUAUUUAACAAGUUCAAGUUAACAAUUUUAGGGGCAUUUAAAAAAAAACUGAUGCUUACAACAUUAUUUAUAUUCAUACUUAAUUACGCUUCACAUAAACAUUUAUUAAUUGAAUAAGCCAAAAUGUUCCGUAUUAUUAUUGGAGUAGCUACAUACUCUAGAACUCUUUUUAAGACGUUUUUUUUCAAUACUUGCUUGCAUGAAUAUUUAAAAGUACUGUGUUAGACAUUAGUACACUUAAAGAGUUCUUUGUUCACCUGUGUAAUCGAUUGGUUGCAUAAAAAAAAUAGGGUUAUUGUACUGAGUUUUGUAAGAGGCAUGUAUGUUUAGUACACUGCGUACUUAUUUACCGUUUUGUAUCUAGAAAGCAUAUUCCUAGUUAAUAAAAGUUUACUGUUUUACUUGAUGCUGAA